AUGUCGUCAAAUUGUAUUCGCAACACCGCCUAUCCAUUCGAGAUCAGUCCAGAUAUGUACAAGGAGCAGCGCCAGCGCCUUGCUGCAUCGAUGCGGACAUGCAUGGAUGACACACACGCCGCUUUCCUUCAAGGGAGUUCGGAGGUUCCGGUAAACUCCACUGAUGUGAACCAUCUCUUUUGGCAGGAGAGUUAUUUCGCUUACCUAUUCGGUUGUGACAUUCCUGAUUGUUUCGGUGCUGUUCUUACUGAUGGCACUGGAAUUCUUUUCAUUCCCCGCCUCCCGGCAUCAUACGCGGUUUGGAUGGGUGAGUUGCCCACUCCCGCAAGCGUCAAGGAGGCGACGGGCGUGGAGGAGGUUUACUACACGGAUGAGAUUAAUGAAACAUUCGCUGCGAAGGGUGUGACUACGGUUGAGGUGAUGAAGGGGGUAAACAGCGACAGUGGCCUCAAUGUGCUGACGGCUCAACUUCCCCAACCUUCGAAGUUGAAUACAUCUACUGACUUUCUUUUUGAUACAUUAAGUCGGCAACGCUGCUACAAGACGGAUUUAGAAAUCGACCUUCUGCGGUAUGUGUGUCGUGUUUCCAGCGAUGCUCACAUUCAUGUGAUGCAACAGUGCAAGCCCGGUAUGUCCCAGCACCAACUCGAAUCCACCUUUUUGCAUCAUGUUUAUUACCACGGCGGUUGCAGGAAGGUGGCGUAUACGUGCAUCUGCGCUACGGGACACUACGGCGCAGUGCUGCAUUACCCAAAUAACGACGCACCCAUUGAGGAUGGCUCUAUGGCCCUGCUAGAUAUGGGAGGCCACUACAUGGGAUAUGCAAGUGACAUUACUUGCUCCUUUCCCGUGAACGGUAAGUUUACCUCUGACCAAGUGAUGAUAUACAAUGCCGUUCUGGACGCGCACGACUCAGUGAUGAAGAGUCUCAGACCCGGUACAAACUGGGUGGAUAUGCACAAGUUGGCGUUGCGUGUCAUGUGCAAGCACUUGCUGCGUGCUGGUUUACUCAUGGGAGAUGUAGACACCAUAAUGCAAAAGCGUAUUAUGGGUCUCUUCCAACCUCAUGGGCUGGGGCAUUUGCUCGGCAUGGAUGUGCACGAUGUAGGGGGCUACUUGGAAGAUUGUCCCAAGCGCCCUGUCGAGAGCGACUGCUGUAAGUUGAGAACGGCACGGGUGCUGGAGAAGGGAAUGUGCCUCACUGUGGAACCCGGUUGUUAUAUUAAUCGUUCGCUUCUUACCGAUGCCUUCGUCAACCCUGAAAUGAAACCUCACCUCCAUGAGGAAGGGCUCCGGAAGCUGUGGAACUUUGGUGGUGUGCGCAUUGAGAGCGAUGUGGUAAUUACCGAAACAGGUGUCGUAAACCUUACGGUCGUCCCGCGAACAGUGGAGGAGAUUGAACGCACAAUGGCUGGUGUGCCAUUCGUCGGUGAACCAGUGGUGUUCGUUAACCAAAAAAAUGCCCCUUGA